AUGAAAAUAGCAUAACAAUGACGAAAAGCAGUCCCGUGUCUACACAAAUCAUAAAAACUGAACCUUCCCCUAGUGCAGAUCAGAAACAAGGGCAAAAGAGGAACUACAGGCUAUAGCCGGUUCAUUCCGUAAAGAGAUCAAGCAAAUUAAAACCCUAUUCUCGGAACCAAGCAGCGGAUUCGAGGUGAAAUAGUCCGUAGUCCCCUAUCCUUCAUAUGCCCAUCUCGUCGACUCGAUCCGCACGGCCAGGCCACCCCCUGUCCAUCAGCUCCUCCAAAAAAACUGCCAUGUUCUCAAUCGGCAUGUCCAACGAAAACUCAUAUAACCCCAACACUUCCUCUAGCUCUCCCCCCACCGUCCACCACCUCCUUCCCUUAUCCAGCAACUUAAAUCUCAUUUCUGUGCAUAGUCAAGUCCGAUCGGCCAAGCUGGAAGCGGUCGGUGACAGAGUCUACGGACGGGAAGGCCUGUCUCGCGAACAGAAAGAAAACAACAGAAAUGCGCUCAGCGGAAAGAGAUCAAUGCCUGGCUGCCAUGUUUUGACCGUGGCUGCUCAUAUAUAAAGUUAAAAAAUUCCAUUGGGCCCAAAGGAAUUCCUGAUCAUGGGCCGGUUUUUGAGUCCAAGCCCGGUGACAAGUACUAGAAGUACCCUAUAUGGUAGGUGACAGUCGGUUUCAGUGAGGGCCAUUUCCGUCAAACUAAGUUACAACGGCUAUUUUCGAAUCACCUAGCCGUUGGACCCAUCCAAAUCCAGAUCUUCAUAAUUUAUUAAUUUCCUUUCCCAGAAGACACCGAUGAAGGAACAAACCACCCAAGUUUUCUAGCGCAUAUAAAGCCUUCAUCGGUAUACCCCAAGUAAAAUCUCGCUCUCGUUCUCUGCAAGCAACACUAGUUUUCCAACGCUCUUACAUCACCAGCAAAGCUUCAUCUCCAAUCUGUCUCGCUCGCUCGCUCGCUCUCUCUCUCUCUCUCUCUCUCUCUCUCUCUCUCUCUCUGUGAUUUUUAUUUUUCAUUAUAUAUUUUUGUUAUCUACAAUCUCACUUUGCGUUUCGCAGGCUAGGUUCUUGUUUUUAUUUUUAUUUCUUCUUCUUCUUCUCUCUCUCUCUCUCUCUCUCUCUCUCUCUGCGUUUUUUUAUUUUUCAGUAUAUAUGUUUGUUAUCUACAAUCUCACUUUGCGUUUCGCAGGCUAGGUUCUUGUUUUUAUUUUUAUGCUUUCUCCUCCUCCUCCUCCUCUCUCUCUCUCUCUCUCUAGCGUUAUGGAUGCAGGAUCUGUGGGUUCCUCUUACAAGAGCUCCUCUCGGUGCCCUCUUCAAGAACAAUUCCUUCAGAGAAAGAAUAAUCGUGAAAAUUUGGAUAGGUUCAUUCCCAAUCGCGCGGCUAUGGACUUCGAUUACGCCCAUUACAUGCUCACCGAGGCGAGGAAAGGCAAAGAGAACCCGGCUGUGAGCUCUCCCUCCAGAGACGCCUACCGGAAGAAACUUGCGGAGACCUUCAACAUGAACCGAACUCGGAUAUUGGCUUUCAAGAACAAGCCCCCUACAACAAUCGACCCAAUCCCACAGGAGUUGCUUUCAUCGUAUAAUCCUCAGACCAAAACAACCAAGCCCCGGCGACACAUUCGUCAGAGUUGUGAGAGGACAUUGGAUGCUCCAGAUAUUGUGGAUGAUUUCUAUUUAAAUUUACUAGACUGGGGUAGCAGCAACGUCCUCGCCAUUGCUCUCGAAAACACAGUGUACCUCUGGGAUGCCUCAAAUGGCUCUACCUCAGAACUCGUCACAAUUGACGAAGAAAGUGGUCCUGUUACGAGCGUCAGUUGGGCUCCUGAUGGCCGGCACGUUGCCAUUGGCUUAAACAAUUCCCAUGUCCAGCUUUGGGAUUCUACUGCUAAUAAACAGUUGAGGACAUUGAGAGGUGGUCACAGGCAAAGAGUCGGUUCACUGGCCUGGAACAAUCACAUCCUAACAACAGGAGGAAUGGAUGGUAAAAUAAUCAACAAUGAUGUGAGGGUGAGAUCCCACAUCGUUGAGAUCUACAGGGGACACCAACAGGAGGUCUGUGGAUUAAAAUGGUCUGCCUCAGGCCAGCAAUUGGCGAGUGGAGGAAACGAUAAUCUUCUCUAUAUAUGGGACAGAUCUGUGGCCGCUUCCAAUGCACCAACACAGUGGCUUCACAGGCUUGAGGAGCACUCAGCUGCUGUCAAGGCCCUGGCUUGGUGUCCAUUCCAGGGUAAUUUGCUAGCCUCUGGCGGUGGUGGGGGUGACCAUUCGAUUAAGUUCUGGAACACCCACACAGGCGCGUGCUUGAACUCGGUUAACACAGGUUCGCAGGUUUGUGCUUUGCUAUGGAACAAGAAUGAGCGAGAAUUGCUUAGCUCUCAUGGCUUUUCCCAGAAUCAGCUCAUUCUUUGGAAAUAUCCUUCAAUGGUGAAGAUGGCGGAGCUCACUGGACAUACCUCUAGAGUUCUUUAUAUGGCACAGAGCCCGGAUGGGUGCACAGUGGCAUCUGCAGCAGGAGACGAAACUCUGAGAUUUUGGAAUGUGUUUGGGACCCCAGAAGUGGCUAAACCUGCACCUAAAGCGACAAACCCAGAGCCAUUUGCUAACGUGAACCGUAUCCGUUGAACAUCCUUAGAAGUUAGAAGACGGUAAUGGAUUGUUGAGCUUUAUUAUGUGAAGAAGGUGAAGAACUUAAUUUACAUAUUGAUACAGUGUUUUGGUUUGAUGUAUAGAUUAUAGAAAAGUUUUGGACUGGGAUUCGUUCUUAAUCAUAGCUUGAUUGCUAUCUAUCUCAGAUACCUACUUUUUAAGGAGAAAUGAGAUUGAUUGAUUACCCCAUCAAUGGACCAAAUGUUUUUUCUUUUAACUUA